AUGGCGGAUCAAGAGGCAAGGAAGGAUGACACAAGCAAAUGUUGUUAUUUUUCUACUAUUCCUAUUGAAGUUACUGAGGAAAUAUUAUCUUACUUGUCUCCCUAUGGAGAGCUUCAACAAGCCAAGCAUGUCUGUAAGACAUGGUAUGGUCUAGUUCACAGAAUAUGUCAACAAAGAGAGCGAUAUUUCUACGAUUCUGUUUGUCGUGGGAAACUUUGUUUUCGUGAUGUUAAACAAAAAUCUAGGAUAACUCCAUCCCAGCGCUUCUCUCACAGCAGCUGUGUAGUUGGAAAAUCGAUGUAUAUCUUUGGUGGUUGUUCUACGUCCAAUACAGCAUUUAACGACGUGUAUGAACUAGAUUUAAAGGACCUUAAAUGGACAAAAUUAAGACUGUCUGGUAUCCCUCCUCCUCCGAAGGAAUGUGCUACGAUGGUUGUACACAACAACAGAAUUAUUAUAUUUGGUGGAUGGUGCCAGCCAUCACGAAUGGGAAUUGUUUCUAACGCUAAAUUUUAUAAUGGCAUUCACGUAUUAAACUUAGAUGCAUUAGUAUGGAGUACACCAUUGACGAGCAAGGACGGCCAACAACCUUGUGAACGUGCAGGACAUGCUGCCUGUGUUGUACAGGAUCAGAUGGUGAUGUUUGGAGGAGCACAGAGACAAACACGAUUCAAUGAUGUGUGGAUGUUUGAUCUCAGUCUAAUGUGCUGGACAAUGCCUGACAUUACAGGCAAAAGACCAGCUGGCAGGUUUGGACACUCACAGAUGAAGAUAAAUCCCUACACUGUGCUUAUUCUGGGGGGAUGUGGUGGCCCAAAUAUGCUCUUUAGUGAUGUAUGGCUGCUACACCUCAAAACAAUGACCUGGUCAGAGAUCAAAGUCAAGAAUACAGAACUAGAGGCCCCACAGUUAUGGUGCCACCCAGCUCUAAAUAUAAUGGACAGAAUAAUCGUUUUUAGCACCCCUAAAACCAGUGCAACUUCACCUGAUGGUGGAGACGCCCAGGAUGAACCCAAUGUUGGGGGGCAAAAGUUACCUGGCCCCUCACAAAUCUCUCCAACAUGUAUGCAAGCGUAUACCUUAGACUGUAGUCAACUAAUGACCAACAAGUACUGCAAGUGGGAAAAGACUGCCGAAGUGUGUAAUGCACCAGUAGCCACCUCGUUACAUUCUGUGGUCRUUGGACGAGGUGAAAUAUUGAUAUUUGGAGGAAUUCAUUACACUAGUAGAUUACACAACAGUCAAACUGUUGUUAAUACCCUGGUACGAGUUACUCCAUGUCUCUGAAUAGAACACUGYGUGGCAGAUUUUGUACUUAGGGACCUUUGGUUUUGUAUCACAUACUGUCCAUGCGAUAGUUUUCAGUGGCAUAAAUUUUUUGUGUUUUCUAUUUUACUCACGAGCCUCUUUUUGCUAAGAAAAUACAAGUGACAAGUGGGAUAUUCCAUKGURUGCYACGAGAAAGCAUUGGBUDACUAUUUAACCCAAUACUAUUGAAAAUGCAGCUAGGCCWCAAUGCCUCAUGGGAAGGAACAAAGAAAUACAUCCGCCAAAUAUACAAUACUUUUCCUGCAUUUUCAAUGGAGGGGGAUAAAUAGCUAAACAGAAUUCAAAUAGAAUAAUUUAUAAUAUUUGUAUCAAUAAAAUUGAUUUAAAAAAUUCAAGUAUCAAUAUCCUCUCCUAGGGCAAACCAGGGGAAGAGAGCGUUUAGCUGGUUUUCGAACUCAACCAA